UUGCUCGUGGAUUUCUAUGGUGGAAAAAACGCAAAAGCUUAAAAAAUAACAAAAGAAAGUACCCUUUUCUCUCUCUCUUUACUUGUGCAGUGCCUCUGCUUCUGCGCUUCUGCUGCUUCACCUUCUGCAAGAAAGAGAGAGAGAGAGACUGCAGCGCACGUCGGCGCAGAGUAGCGUCACACCCCGCUUUUCCUUUCUGGUUCGGUUUAUUGAUUCUUCUCUCUCUACUACUUUCUCUCUCAUCGAAGGUCGCUUUGUUCCCACGGCAUUCGAUUAGAGAGAGAGAGAGAGAUUGAGAGGGAGAGAAAAGGAAAGGACGAUUGGAUUCAAGCAAUCUCUCUCUGACUCUGGAAGGAACCCUAACGUUCCUCAUCAUCUCUUCGAUAUCUUCUUGUUUAGCAGAUCGAUUUGAUUUUAAUCCAAAAAGAAGGAGAAAAGAAGAGAAGAGGAUUUUAGUGUGUGAUAAUGUUUUGGAUUAUGAGAUUGUCGUGGUUUUUCUCCGCGGCAAUGGUGAUGAUCGUUCUUUCUCCAUCUCUGCAAUCAUUUCCACCGGCAGAAGCCAUUAGAUCUUCUAAUCUUGAUGGCUACCUUCGAUUUCCAGGCCAGAUUACAGCAACCGAUUCGCUCAAUCGAUUCUCAUUCAGGAAAGCAUCUACAUUCCGCAAUGCCGAAGAAUGCAGUUCAAAUGAGAGGAAAACAUUGGGGAAAACUGGCGUCUGCGAUCCCUCUCUCGUUCACGUCGCGAUUACUCUCGAUGUCGACUACCUUCGCGGUUCCAUCGCCGCCGUCCAUUCGAUUCUUCAACAUUCGUUGUGUCCAGAGAGCGUAUUCUUUCAUUUUCUUGUCUCGGAGAUCAAUCUCGAAACCCUAGUCCGAUCCACUUUCCCUCAGUUGAAGUUCAAGGUGUAUUACUUUGAUCCGGAGAUUGUGCGGGGCCUGAUCUCGACUUCGGUUCGGCAAGCACUAGAACAGCCGCUUAAUUACGCGAGGAAUUACUUGGCCGAUCUACUCGAGCCCUGUGUUCGAAGAGUGAUAUACUUGGACUCUGAUCUCGUAGUCGUCGAUGAUAUCUGGAAGUUAUGGAGUACAAGUUUAGGGAGUAAGACGAUUGGAGCGCCGGAAUACUGCCAUGCGAACUUCACAAAGUAUUUCACGGCGAGUUUUUGGUCGGACAAGCGGCUUUCCGGCACGUUCGUCGGCCGGAAACCUUGUUACUUCAACACCGGCGUGAUGGUGAUAGAUCUGGCGAAGUGGAGGCGGUUCGGGUACACGAAGCGGAUCGAGAGGUGGAUGGAGAUCCAGAAGAGUGGUCGGAUCUACGAGCUGUCGCUCCCUCCGUUCCUGUUGGUAUUCGCCGGACACGUGGCGCCCAUCGAGCACCGGUGGAAUCAACACGGAUUGGGAGGAGAUAACAUCAGAGGGAGCUGCCGUGAUCUACACCCUGGUCCGGUGAGCCUGCUACACUGGAGCGGGAGUGGCAAGGCUUGGCUGAGACUCGAUUCCAAACAACCAUGCCCCCUCGAUGCUCUCUGGGCACCAUACGAUUUGUACGGACAUUCAACUUGAAAUUGCCCCACGGGACUCCUCGCCGGUAAAUUCCUCUCGUGACUCUUUUUUGGUCUCUUCAUCAUCAUUUUCCAAUUUUUUUUUCUGGUGUUUAAUUUGUCUUUCUAUUUUUUUUUUAUUUUUUUACUUCUUAUAACUCACCAUCAUCAUCAUCUCAGGCGAUUUGUACUCUAUUCUAUUAUUCCUGCUUUUGAAAAUAAAAAGGAAAUGGGGUUGGUUAUUCGAUUCAAA